AUGGACAUCGAACAGUUCAUCCGUGACAACGUGCCGUGGGCAAAGUUGCCCGAAAAUGUGCAGGUUUUACUUGGAAAAUCGCAACGUGAAUACGACAAACUCGUGCUGGAGUACUCGGUCCGGAAUCAGCUCCGAUACAAGGGGAAUUUGGUUCGCCACGUGAAGAAAAGUGAGGAAACCUACUAUGACAUUGUGAUGAAGUACAGUGAAAGCCAUGUGAUGCUCUUCCCGUAUCAUUUAUCCGAUAUCGUCGUCAAGGAGCUCCGAUUGACCCCUUUCCAGUACUACAUCAACAUUUUUUGUGAAAUGAUCGUCUCGGAGAAAUCGUACGACUCGUUGCCGAAUUUCACAGCCGCCGAUGCGGUGCGUUUGCUGGGAAUCGGCCGCAAUCAGUACAUCGAUAUCAUGAAUCAAAACAAAUCAAAUCGUCGCCUCUUCCGACGAAAUAAGCCGAUUCGAGAGUUGUUACCGCAAAACCCGUCAACUACCCAAUCAAUUCAGUUAACAAUCGAUGCGUGGUGGCGUGUAUGUCCAGGGAAUAUUCUCGAAGCUGAUGUCAGGAGUCUGCCUACACUGGAACGAGCUCUUGUCGAUCUCUUGCUUGAUGACGGACCACAGACAGCCGGCACUCAGGAUCUAUUCAUUAUUCAAAAUCUAUUCAACGCUGGUUUAGUCUAUUUGGAUGUGCCGGUGGAGGAUUGUGAUUAUGUAUACGUCGCUCCUCUUGACGGUUUCGUGAUGAAUCGUGUCCUCGGUGACUACUUCGAGACACUGUUGUAUAAAAUUUUCGUCGCAAUCGACGAUCAAACUACGGUACAAGAGAUCUCGGAAAUGUUGCACAUUGAUGGGCAAUUGGUGAAAAAUGCGAUCUCCGUCUUUUGUCGACUUGGCUUCGCGAGGAAAAGGGUUACCGGAAUUGAGGGCCUUCGUCUGCACUCAUCCUGGGCCACCCGGAGCACAACAACCCCCACGAUGACCACUUCAAAUACACAAGAAGAACUUAUGUCUGGGUCUCUAUCGGGUCUCGGUGAGCUCUCAGCGGCACUUUCUGGUCCAGGAGAUGAGGAGGAGAUCGAUGAAGAGACAAGGGAACGAGCCGUUUCACCGAGGGACUCAAUGACACCGGGUCCCCUCUCUACCGAAACGAGUAGUUGUGUCGGCCGAGUGGCUGUCCUUUUCGACUCAACUCUCACCGCUUUCUUGAUGAUGGGAAAUCUGAGCACACAGCUAAAAGGCCAUGCGGUCACCCUGUUCGAGGUGGGGAAAUUAGCUGAUGAACAGCUCAAAGAUUUCAUGGAAUUGCUGGAUCGGGUGAAUCGUUUUGGUGAAGGCGAGGCGGCACGCUAUUCACAGCAUGCGAUUGGCCUACUCGAUGUGCUUCGACGACUUAAAGCCACCGGACAUGAGGUGGACAUGGUUCGUGGGGAGAGUCUUCUCUCGUUGGAUACACAAAGUCGCACACGUGUUCUGCACAAAUCGUACAGUCUCGCCGUCGCUUUGGCCCCAUUGUCAGCCGAUGGAUGUACCCUGCCGCUGUCCUCUCUGCCAUUUUUGGGUCCACCGAUUCCGGAGGUGUGUUCUCCAUGGUUUCGUCUCUCAAUCUACUCACUUUGCCAGAGUGGUCCAUCAUCGAUAUUUUUGCCUCGAGGUGAUCGACUCUCGCGGAUGCCCACUUUUCUAGCCCAUUCCUCCCAUUUACUCGUCUCCUCGUCCACCCACGAACCCCAAGUGAUCCCCGCAGCCUCAGCGCUCACCCUACUCAACGAUUUGCUCACCACAACACCGCUAUUUGUACAAGAAUGGUCAGGGAAAACCUGGGAAGAGCAGCUCACUCAUGUGCCGUUUCCUUUUGAAAUCGAUGCCAAAGCCGACGGAAAAGAUUACACCAAGCAUCCGUGCGUUGCGAAAUUGCGCGAGGCACUCUCGUUGGACAAAAUGUGCGGAUACUUGACCCUGGCCGCUUUACCACUCAACAACAAUCAACCGGAUGAGAAUGAUAUUGAUUCUCUUGUCGUCAUCGAUGUCACUUUUGGGAUUCCGCUUUUCUCGGCGAAACUCAAUGAGAAAAUUUGCGAGCGAAUCGUUUCACAUGGAAUUAUGCAAGAGGAGAACCGCACGAAUAUUCAGUUCGCCAAUCGAACUCUCAUCGAUUUAACACUGGACACGAUCCGGGAACACAACUCCGGUGUCGACAGGGUCUCAUGGCAAGAGGGUGCGAGUCCCCGGGUCGAAGUGAUCCCACCCGUGCGCCCAGUGUUCUUCCAUUCGAAAGAGAAAUGUGUCCGGGCUGUUUAUCACACCGAUCAACUC